GCAGUUAUGGGGGCAUUUCUAGACACAGUCAAAUAUGUGAACUUGAACACAGUUUUGUUUUCGUACUCCUUUUUCUUGUCUGAGUCUUCCUCUCUUCUCUCUUCCUGUAAGUUAAGGAGACAGUUUUAUCUUAAUGGGAUGCACAAGCCUGGUGAUGUGAUUCUGGGUGGGCUGUUUGAAGUCCACUACACAUCUGUCUUUCCUGAGCUGACGUUCACCUCAGAGCCAAAUCAGCUCAGCUGCCAAGGCUUUGACCCUCCAGGGUUCAGACACGCCAUGACCAUGGCCUUCGCUAUUGAUGAGAUAAACAAAAGCUCGCACCUGCUACCUAAUGUGACUCUGGGAUACAGUCUGUAUGAUAACUGUGCUACACUGAUAAUUGGAUUCAGUGCUGCAUUGUCACUGGCCAGUGGUCGAGAGGAACAGUUUCUGCUUCAGGAGAACUGUUUGGGGACUCCUCCAGUCCUGGGGAUCGUGGGUGAUUCCUUCUCAACAUUUUCUAUCGCCACCUCUGAUGUGAUAGGUUUAUUCAAAUUGCCUAUUGUGAGUUAUUUUGCCACCUGUUCCUGCCUGAGUAAUCGCCAGAGGUUUCCAUCUUUCUUUAGAACAAUACCAAGCGAUGUUUUCCAGGUGCGUGCCAUGAUUCAGAUACUAAAACGCUUUGGCUGGACUUGGGCUGGUCUGCUGGUCAGCGAUGAUGACUAUGGACUCCAUGUUGCCCGAUCAUUCCAGUCUAACUUCGCUCAGUCUGGUGGAGGUUGUCUGGCCUAUACAGAGAUUUUGCCCUGGGGUGACAACCCAGCUGAACUUAAGAGGAUUGUGGAUGUGAUGAAGAAAUCCACAGCUCGUGUGGUCAUUGUGUUUGCUCAUCAAAUCCACAUAAUCCAACUAAUGGAAGAGGUGGUGAGGCAGAAUGUGACAGGACUGCAGUGGAUAGCCAGUGAAGCCUGGACAUCAGCUGCUGUGCUCCAGACCCCCCAGCUCAUGCCGUACCUGGGUGGAACACUGGGAAUUGCCAUCCGUCGAGGAGAAAUACCAGGACUCAGGGAUUUCCUGUUAAGAACAAGUCCUGACCUACACCACAACAAUAACAAUAAAAAUACCAUGGUGAAGCAGUUUUGGGAACACACAUUUCAAUGUCGAUUUGCUCCAGCUCCAGCAGGUUGGAUGGAAGCUGGGGGAGCAUUAUGUACUGGAGAUGAAGACUUAAAAUAUGUAGAGACUGAGUUUUUGGAUGUUUCAAACCUCAGGCCAGAGUAUAAUAUUUACAAGGCUGUGUAUGCUCUGGCAUAUGCCCUUGAUGACAUGCUGCAAUGUGAGCCAGGGAGAGGGCCUUUCAGUGGACACAGCUGUGCUACCUUACAAAAACUGGAGCCAUGGCAGCUGAUGUAUUAUUUGGAGAGAGUCAACUUCACCACACCAUUUGGUGAUCAAGUGUCAUUUGAUGAGAAUGGUGAUGCUCUACCAAUAUAUGAUAUCAUGAACUGGCAGUGGCUUCCUGAUGGAAGAACUAAAGUUCAGAAUGUGGGUGAGGUUAAGAAGUCAGCCUUCAAAGGUGAAGAACUCAAACUUGAUGAAGACAAAAUCUUCUGGAACUUUGAAUCCAAAAAGCCACCACAGUCAGUGUGCAGUGAGAGCUGUCCUCCAGGUACCCGCAUGGCCAGAAAGAAGGGGGAACCUGAGUGUUGUUUUGACUGUGUCCUGUGUUCUGAGGGAAAGUUCAGCAAUGAAACAGACUCCUUGGAGUGCACCAGUUGUCCAGAGGAUUUCUGGUCCAGUCCCAAACGUGACCAAUGUGUUCCCAAGACAACAGAGUUCCUCUCCUAUCAUGAGCCUCUGGGAAUCUGCUUGACAACUGCCUCAUUGCUGGGCACAUUUAUCUGUGCUGUUGUCCUAGGCAUCUUCAUCUAUCAUCGCAGCACACCCAUGGUACGUGCCAACAAUUCCGAACUGAGUUUCCUGCUCUUAGUGUCACUCAAAUUAUGUUUCCUAUGUUCACUGCUGUUUAUUGGCCGUCCCAGACUGUGGACAUGCCAGCUGAGACAUGCAGCAUUUGGGAUCAGCUUUGUGCUUUGUGUCUCAUGUAUCCUGGUGAAAACCAUGGUGGUUCUGGCUGUGUUCAAAGCCUCUAAGCCAGGAGGUGGAGCCAUUCUGAAAUGGUUUGGUGGUAUGCAGCAGAGAGGAACAGUUCUGGUUCUUACUUCUAUUCAGGCAGCAAUAUGCACUGUGUGGCUAGUCUCUGCCUCACCAAUGCCCCAUAAAAACACUCUUUACUACAAUGAAAAGAUAGUUUAUGAGUGUGUAAUUGGGUCUACAAUUGGUUUUGUGGUGUUACUGGGUUACAUUGGCCUGCUAGCUAUCCUCAGUUUCCUGUUAGCUUUUCUGGCAAGAAAUCUUCCAGAUAACUUUAAUGAGGCCAAACUCAUAACUUUCAGCAUGCUGAUCUUCUGUGCUGUGUGGGUGGCCUUUGUUCCUGCGUAUGUCAACUCACCUGGCAAAUAUGCAGAUGCAGUGGAGGUAUUUGCCAUCCUGGCCUCCAGUUUUGGCCUCUUGGUGGCACUGUUUGGUCCCAAGUGUUACAUAAUCUUGCUGAGACCAGAGAGAAACACAAAGAAAGCUAUUAUGGGUCGAGGCACCACCAAAACAUAA